AUGAAUUUUUAUAAGAUUACCCCAAUAAAAGAUUGGACGUGUCUCAACAUAGUGGAAUAUUAUAACAAAGAAUAUGGAAAGCUAGAACUGUCAAAAGUUCUGGACGACGUAAAAAAAAAUCUUUGUAAGAUAACAAAUGUUAAUUCUGAUUUCGACGUGGCAUGCAGAGUAAAAGCGCAAGAAAUUGUUGAAACUUGGCAGUUCGAUACAAGCCUUUCAUCGGAAGGUGCUGGAACUCUUAGUUUUACAGCGGUAGCCCUAACUCUUGUUAUGGCAAAGCAACAAUUAAAUGCGAUUAAGAACUCGGCAACUCAAGUUGACAUAUUACAAACACAGUUCAAUGAAGAUAGUAACAAACGAUCCCUAGAAAUUCAAGAUGAUGAAGAAAUGCCAGUAAAGAAGAACAAAUUUGAGGCUAAAGCGGAAGUUAAACAUUCUAGUGAAAAUCUCUUACAUGGUAAUAACGACCAACACACAUCACUAUCGCAAACAUCAACCUUGGCCGAAGAUACUUCAGUGGAAGGAAUUAAAAAGAAAGACACUGAGAAACUAAUUGAAUUUUUACAAAAACAAAACCUGUUUUUAAAAGAAAAACAUUUCGAGAUUCUGCGCAAACGAGAAAUUGUUGGUUGUGACUUUGUCAAGAUGAAUAAACAAGACUUCAAGGAAUGUGGGCUAGAAUUAGGACCGGCAAUGAGACUCGCGGAUCUUGCCAAUAAGCUUAAUGAUCAGAGUGAAAAUUUUACUAAGAAAUUUACAGAACUGGUUCCGCAAGGAACUCAGUGA